CAAGACCCUGACCUGACGACAAUUAACACAGACACCCUGAGUAGACUUCGCUCCGACGAGGACCAAUCAGCCGAGACCAAUCCAGACUGGGAAGGAACGUCAGCAAGUACUCCACAGGAGGUCGGCGAAGAGCUCAUCGGUACAUGUGUUAGGCCAUCCAAAAUAAGAGCAGUCCAGGAGACCCUCACGAAAGAAAGGGAACGGCACUUGUGUGCACUUAACUUACUACCAUCUUUCUUCAGUAAGGAAGAACUAGCGACAAGUAACACAGAUGGCACCCAUGAGAAACACUGCCUUGACAGCAACAAACUGAAGUCACUUAAAGUAUUGGUAUUUAGUAAGUUUCCCGUAAACACAAUGGAAGAAAACGAUAGAGCAUGGAGAUGCAUUAAAGGAAAAAUAAAUUCAAAGUGCCGUGCCGCCCGCAAGCAUUUA